UCAUAUGAUUGUUCAAUGAAGAAGCACGUCUGAUAGGCGUCGACAUACUUUUUCUAGCCAGUAUUUUAAUUUCUGGCUCAAUAUCGGCCGUUUUUACGUGUUAGUGGUGUAAAAAAUAAUCAUCAGCCAUGGCGCUCAGCGACGCAGAUGUUCAAAAACAGAUCAAGCAUAUGAUGGCCUUCAUCGAACAAGAGGCCAAUGAAAAGGCUGAAGAAAUCGAUGCAAAGGCUGAGGAGGAGUUCAACAUUGAGAAAGGCCGUCUGGUGCAACAACAGCGGCUAAAGAUCAUGGAGUACUAUGAAAAAAAGGAAAAACAAGUUGAACUUCAGAAAAAGAUCCAAUCGUCGAACAUGCUGAAUCAAGCUCGUCUGAAGGUGCUCAAAGUACGUGAAGAUCAUGUACGCAAUGUACUGGACGAGGCACGCAAGCGCCUGGCUGAAGUCCCCAAGGACACCAAGCUGUACUCUGAACUUCUUGUAACACUUAUGGUUCAGGCUCUCUUCCAGCUCAUGGAGCCAGCAGUGACAAUCCGUGUGCGACAGGCUGACAAGUCCCUUGUGGAAUCUCUCCUUGGAAAAGCUUCCCAAGAUUACAAGGCCAAGAUCAAGAAGGAUGUGCAACUGAAGAUUGAUGCCGAGAACGUCCUCCCACCUGACACCUGCGGUGGUAUUGAACUUAUCGCCGCCAGAGGGCGCAUCAAGAUUUCCAACACCCUCGAGUCUCGCUUGGAGCUAAUUGCUGCCCAGCUGUUGCCAGAAAUCCGUACAGCCCUGUUCGGACGCAACCCUAACCGUAAAUUCACCGACUAAUCUAAACGGUGAAUACACACACUUGUUAUUAAUAACAACUUAUUUAAAAAAAAAAACUUAGUAUCUAUAAUAAUGUUAUAAUAAGUGUUUUUCCUUUGCCUAUUUAAUAAUUAUAAAAUAAUAUUAUAAUGCGUACAAUUUUAUCUCUGUGUAGAAUGUAUCGUAAAGGAAACAUUAAAGUCGUCAGAAAGUUUUGUGUCGUCAUGUGAUUAUCCUGAUGCCUGGUUUCUUUCAAUGGAUUGAAUUUAUUAAAUACAAAAAUCUUUAUUAAAGAAGAACCAGCUGUACUGGUAAAGAAUACCCGCGGGUUUAUGCUGUAAAAUUGUUUGAUAUUAAAAUUGAUUUUUUGCUUAGGUUUUAUAUCAGAUCACAUGUUAACAUCGAGAUGUACACUUCAACUGUAAAGUAUAACCCCUCUGAUUUGACAUCCAAUAAUACAUGUUUGUAAAAACAAAUAUCUGAUCUGCAGACUAAGGAAAAGGGGAUACCAAUAUCUUCAUAUAUACAAAACAUCAUAUUGAUAUGUCAUUAAAUAUAUAAAAACGAGGUACAAUGAAUUUAGUUUCACAAAGCCCAUCUUUUUUUAUUCAGUCUGUGGUCGUAUCAAUAACACAUCUAUUUGCAGGGAACACAGCACAUGGCCUAAUAUUAAUGUCUACUUUUAACUGUACAUUAGUUUCGCCUUUAAUGUAUGUCUGUAUACGUAUUUAAAAAAUAUUUAAUUAUUACAAUUCAUUCGUAAUAAUAUAGCCCAAUAUAUCUAUGUAAUAGGGGGUAGUGUAUAGGAUUUUGAAAACAAGUGUAUUCAAUUAAGAUAUAACCGUUAACUGUAUGCUGAUAAAUAACCGAAUAUUGCGUACAAAUAGAAUGAAAAAAAAAAAUACAGUUAAUAUCACACCUUUAUCCAUACAGUAUUAUUAAAGCACAAGAUAUACAUCUCUUUGUAUUACAAAGAUAUGUGUUUCAUGUAUGCAAUUAUAUUAUUCAUGUAAUUUUCAUGUUCGAAUUAAAUGUUCAGAUUAAUGUUUUUAAGCUUCCUACAUGUUUAUUAUAAACUUUAAAGGAUUUAUUGAUCGCUGCAAGAUUUUAGAAUGACAGCAGCAUCCUACGCUAUGCUCACUUAAAUCGAGGCAAAGAUUUGGCUGGUCGCAGUGUAGUGUCACACUAUAAACUUGCAGUCGCACAAUAUUCCUUUUGAGUUUGUUCCUGGCAAUUAUGUUAGUCUUGCUUUUGAAUAAAUAUUGAGCACUGUAGCUCUGAAAAAAAUUAUAAAUAUUUAUGAUUCCAAUUAUUGCACUGUUAAAUUUCUUAUGUAAAUAUAUAGAUGUGUUAAAAA